UCUGAAAGGGUGUGGGGGAAUAGUUAUGUAAGAUAGGGACAAACACCACAAACUUUUGAAUUUGGACAACUUUUAAAAAGAAGGCAAGCACUGACCUAAGAGAGUAUGGGUGCAUGACUCUCCUGCUUUCUUUUCUCCUGCAGUAUGUGUAAAUUAUUUUGAGUGACAGGUAAUGUAUUGAUUGAAUGGUUGAAUGGAUUUAACCAUCAGUCUGUCAGUGAGUUAUAUCUAAUGGUUUCAAUCAAACAUUCUUCUGAAUUGCUUCACCUUUCAGAUGAUGGCUGCUAUUUCUGUAAGUGAAUUUUUAAAGACUAUUAUAUCACAUUUCCAUCUCUUUUGCAAGCUUUUUACAAAAAUAAGAGCUAUUUUAUGAUAUUCUGUACUUGGUUAGUCAGAUCAGACUCUAUCCAACAGAUGAUAGCAUAUUUUUGGAAUUUUUUAUUUAACUGUUUUGGUUGUGGGUGGAAUGAGACAUCAAAACUAUGCCUGUAAGCCACAGCUAUGUUCAUUUAUAUUUGGUUAAUGGAACACAUUCCAUCACGUGUUUUGUCUGCUUUUUUAAUUCCAUAUAUGGGCUGCAUGAAUUUAUUUUAUAAUUUGGUGUCAUUUUAUGGCAUUACCUUUAGAUAUUGCAAGAUUUAGAUUUUAGUCUAGUUCUAUUUACAUUUGAUAUUUUAAAGCAAAAAAUUAUUACACUAGGGUAUUUUAGUAGUAUUUAUAGAAAUGCUUGGGAAAACCUACAUGAAAUUAGAUAUUGUCUGGGUCAAAUUUACCGUAGAACACAAAUCUAUUAGAUUUUUUAAACCUUUUAAAAUGGGAUUUCGGGUCACUUCAGUUUAAAAGUUUGCAUUGGCUAACUGGCUUCCAGAUCACUCUGCAUUGAUAAAUUACAUGGUAAUGUAGGUUCCAGUGUCUUUUCCUAAGUUAUCAGGGCUAGGAUUACAUGCUUUACACCUUAAAAGGGGAUUUCAGGUAUCCAGUAUGAGUAAAAGGCUAUUUUGAUUUUAGUGUAACUUUGAAAACUGAACUGAAACUUGUACUUCAGUAUACCACAUGUAUCUGAGGAAGCAAGCUAGGCAUAUGUCACAUAGCAUUCAAAGCUAUGGUGAAAGUCAGGUUACGUGAGGAAAGUUGUCUCUGCCCAUCUUUUUCCCAAAAAUGUAUGACCGUGAACUAUAUCAGUGCAUAUUCUCUCUGAUAUUUACAUAUAUAUUUAUAGUUUUGUAACAAACAUCCUGUGACUUUCAGGAUACAGUUUUUUUCAGAUGCCAGUUUUACUUGUGUGUUGUGGUUAGAUAGGAACAGACCAUGGGGAGUUUUAGUUGGAAAACCACAAUGCCAUGUCAUCGUUCAUCUUCCUGUGUUGAAUACCAUCUGCAUUUUUGUAGGUAUGAAUGCAUGGUUUACCAGUGAUGACCUGGGGAACCUUAUGAAGAUGUCCAUCAGAUACAACUGAAAUGAUUUUAAUGUGCUUGCAUUAUCUUAUUUGAAAUCUUGCCCAUAAAACUGACAAUCUGUUCCUUGAAUAUAUUUUGACUUGUAAUAUUGUCCAAUAAAUUUUAAGCAGAAAAAAUUGAAUCACCUUACAAGUCAGAGUUAUUCCUCUUAUGGGACUUUGACUCAGUUCUUUUAUAUUUUGCUCGUCUUUUUUCGUCACUGAUCAAUCAAAUUGCAAAGAUAGCAUUUUCCAUUCUAAUGCAAUUUUCUUUGGUUCUGUUGCAAGGAAGAUCAAAUAUUACAGUUGUCCAUAUUCAUUGAUGAAAAGUCAACCAAUUUCAGUAGCACAAGUGCUUCAGUUUUUUAAAACAUUGAUUUAAUUUUAACGACUCUUUUAAUGUGGUUGACAUAUCAUGCAUAAGCAGUGGGAUAUCAAUGUUAUUGUAGUCAUAAAAUGUCAAAAUGUACAGUAAGAAAUAUCUCAUACAAACAUAGUAGAAUGUUAUCUAAAAACAAUCUAAAUAACAAGUCAUGAAAAGAAUUUUACCGAAUAAUAAAAGAGCAGGCUUCAACUUGUUUGCCAAUAGAGCUCUGGCUGGGUGCUGUGUAUGUAUAAUAGAGUUUUACAGCCAACACAUGCCUCCAGAUUCUAUAGCUGGUAAAUCAUGACAGUAUGGUAGGAGUAUCAUACAGAUGAGUCAGUGCAACUGUGGCCACAAGUUCUGUAGGGAGUGUAGUUGAUGCUGGCCAUAGUGCAAAACAUAGGAUCCUGGGCUACAUUGGCUGACGGAACAAGGCUUUUUUAUUAUUCAUGCUAGUGACUUUUAAAAACAGUGCUUCAUAAAACAUUUUUGUUGCUGAGAUUUGGUGACAUUUCAUGAUUGAUCAAGAUUUAUUACUGUGUGUACCAUAAAGCCACUCUACGAACCACAAAUGAUUCGGCACCAGACCACAGUGACCCAGACUGGGCAGACAAUGACCUCUGGGGGUCCCCCACCUCCACCCAAGCCACACCCACCACCUCCAGCCCAGGGGGGCAAGUCAAGCCUGAGCAACAACCUGUCAGAGCUGGACUACCUACUCCAGGGCCUGAACUCUGCACAGUUCAUGGCUGAGGUGGACAGGAGGAAUGCAGAAAUGCAGGGUGGUAUGGGAGGGCUGCACCACCCUCCAGCCAUGGGCUCUCCCACCCACCAGCAGCCUCCCAGUGUGGCCUACCAACACCAGCAGCAGCAGCAGGAGGGAUAUGGAGGCAGGAACACAGUGGACAGUCUGCUGGAUGAUCUGCAGAACACAGUGUCCAGGGGACCCCCAGCACCACAGCAAUCCCACCAACAAGCCUACACCCAACAAGGCACGUAUACCACUGUGAACAACCCAGCCAGAUCAAUACCCACUAACAACGGGGAGACUCUGACUGACGGCGGACCAGCAGCUUCUUCAGCAACGCGAGAAUUAGACGAGUUGAUGGAAUCACUGUCCACUUUCAAGAUGAAUACAACACCAAGAGGACCUCCACCUGUACCAACACAGCAAACAAUUCAAGAGCCGCCAUAUGCAAAACCGAACAAACCUUCCAAGCAAUCUGUCUCCGCUGCUCAACCCACCAUAACACAGCAGCUUCCACAGCAGUCCCGCCCAGGGGGUCAGUUAGACGCCAUGUUGGGUAAUCUACAGAGUGAUAUGAAUCGCCAGGGAGUCAGCACUUCCACCAAGGGGUCUUGUGCUGCCUGCAAUAAACCAAUUGUUGGGCAGGUGAUCACAGCUUUGGGUCAGAUCUGGCAUCCAGAACACUUCAUGUGUGCCCACUGCCAUCAGGAGCUGGGAACACAGAACUUCUUUGAGAGAGAUGGACAACCUUUCUGCGAACAAGACUAUCAUCAGUUGUUUUCACCACGUUGUGCAUACUGCAAUGGUCCCAUUCUAGAUAAAUGUGUGACAGCCUUGGAUAGGACAUGGCAUCCCGAACACUUCUUUUGUGCUCAGUGUGGUCGACCAUUUGAUGAAGAUGGCUUCCAUGAAAAAGAUGGAAAAGCUUUCUGCAGAGAAGACUACUUCGAAAUGUUUGCUCCCAAAUGUGGUGGAUGUAACCGUCCCAUCAUGGACAACUACAUCUCAGCACUGAACAGACAGUGGCACCCAGAGUGUUUUGUGUGCAGGGAUUGCCAUGCAUCAUUUGGUGGUGGCAGCUUCUUUGACCAUGAGGGGAUGCCUUACUGCGAGACACAUUACCACGCCAAACGCGGCUCACUCUGUGCUGGCUGCCAGAAACCAAUCACAGGCAGAUGCAUCACUGCCAUGUACAAGAAAUUUCACCCUGAACACUUUGUAUGUGCAUUUUGUCUGAAACAGCUGAACAAAGGGACUUUUAAGGAACAGAAUGAGAAGCCAUAUUGCCAUGCAUGUUUUGUGAAACUGUUUGGUUGAUUUUUGUACUUAGCAAUUUUAAUAUCCUGCACCAGAUAAAUCUGUAACUGUUAUAAUUGUUCAACUCGUAUUUUAUGAUAGUGAUGUGAUGAUCUAGGUGCCAGGCGUCACUUAUUUGACAUUUUCCAGUUGUAGAGAAGUUAAUAACUGAAGAAGAAAAGUCAUAUUAUUUUACCAAAGUUGACAGCCUUUUGUUUUUGUUUUUUUUUUUUUUUUUUUUUUUUUUUGCCUGGAACUCGAAGGUUGGAAUGGUAAACAAUGAAUCUUUCUGAAAGUAAAUAGCAAAAGUAAAAAAUCAUGACAAUUUUACAGGAUUUUUAUUCUGUACUGUACUUGUAUAGAGAUGUAAUUGAAACAUAUGUACAAAUUAUAUUCAAUAUUUAGAGGAAAGAUGAGAUGAUACCAAGAGAAAUGCAUAGUUAAAGAAAUUUAAAUAAAAAAAUGUUAAGAUUGCAUAGCAUAAAAUUAUAACUUAAAAUAUUUGUUUAAAAAUAAAA